CCGACAUGGAAGAUGCUGUCAACUAAUGGGCAGACCGAGAUGGGAAAUCAAAUGGUUGGUCAUCUUGAGGAGACGAAUGAGUUUCUCCGGGAUUUUGUUGAAGGCCCAAACGGAGGGGUUUCCUCUGAGUGGGCAUUUCAACAAAACAAUCAAUGGACGGUGUCCACCUCUUAUCCAAAUUGCAAUGGUCCUGAGGUUUCACACCCUCAUAUAGCAUCAACACAGAUCUUAGGUGAGAAUAUGGAAAGUUUAGGAGAUAAGAGAAAUUCUUUCGGUUCACUGGAAGAGCAUCUUCUGCAAGGACAUAUCUCUGGAUCUAUGUGGACAGUCCCUCCAUGUUCAGAUCCAGCUUCGAGCCAACACAUGCCUACUAUUACCCCCACAAUGGGAAGUUCAGAAGAUCAAAUAAAUUCGCUAGCUUUCCUAGAAGAUGUUUUUCUAGAGGAAGAUGUCUCUGGAUCUAAUAGGUGGACAAUCUCUACAUGUUUUGAACCAGCUCCGAGCGAACUCAUGCCUACUGUUCCCCAGACAACGGGAAUUUCAGAUGAUUUGAGAAAUUUGUUACCUUCAGUGGAAGAGUCUUUUCCGGCGGGACGUGUCUCUGGAUUUAUUAACCCAACCAUCCCUUCAUGUUCAUAUCCAGCUCCGAGCCAACCCAUGUCUAUUGUUCCCCACACAACGGGAAGUUCUUUUUGGGCUGGACAUGUCUCUGAAUCUAUUAACUUGACAGUCCCUUCAUGUUCUGAUCCAGCUCCAAGCCAAUCCAUGCCUAGUAUUCUCCACACAAUGCCUACAAAUCCUCGCAUCAUGCCUCUUCUUACAGAAAGGCAAGAUACGAGGUCCAUGAACCUAAAGGCGACAUAUGGGGAUACCACAAUAAAAUUUCGAUUCCCUCUCACAUCUGGAAUUAAUGAAUUGAAGGAAGAAGUGUCAAAGAUACUGGAGUGCAAGCUUGGUAGUUUCAACAUUGAGUAUAAGGAUGAGGAUGGGGACUGGAUUUUAAUGGCCCGUGACGAGAAUGUUAGGGAAUAUCUGCAACUUCUCACCUCAUUGGGAAAUCAAGUAACCAAACUAAAGCAAGACAUCUCCUUGCCAAUUUUUCCUCUGCUAAACCAGAAUAUUGUUGGGGUUUCUUUUUAUCAUCCUGACAUCUUCUGAUGCUGGGAUUAUUUGUGUUGGCCAUCGUUGUUAGAUCAUGUGUGUGUGCAUGGUGAGGAUGAUGAGAUUUUGGGGACCAUGGGCCUUUACAAAAGUUGUCAUAGGCGCGAGGCGCAUCAAGGCACAAGCAAGGGUGGAGGUAUGUUGGGACC